AUGGCCGCCACACGCGCCUCGCAGGUCAAUGGUUCUCUCAGCGACCACGUGACCGACUUGUGGACGGCGCCGGAACCACGAGCGAACCGCCGCCGCUUCCUUCCAUCGCCGCCGCCGCCGCCGCCCGCGCCGCCUGUCACGCCACGCCCAUGCCUAGUUCCGUGGGAGAGCCCUCUGUUGGCGGAGGAUCAAACCAGUUUUCUUAAUGGCAUUCCAAAGAUGUGUUCGCGGACCUUGCUCCUGUCUGGGGCUCUCUUGAUCCUCGCCUCGGCUGCCUUCGUGUGGGCGAGUGGGCGUCCACACUCCAAGAAAACUGUCUUCAGCUUUCACUUCCUGGUCGAAAAGCGUCUUGAAUGCCUGCUGGGACGAACUGUUCCAUGGAAGAUUCGGUUUUUGUCGUCUUAUUGCGUCAGUGACGUCUUAAUUGCCUCACCGGAAGUCUUCGACAGCGAGUUGUUUUUAUUGUAUAGAUCGAUUGUUUUCCCAAUUUUCUUUACGGUAGACUCUGAAGCUUGCCUCGUCUCCACGUGGGUUCUGUUAGUCGGAAGUGCCUCGUGUUGUGGUCGAGUUGCCUUUGAGAAACUGACCGAACUGGACUAUCGAGGCUCCACGUACUACACCAUCAGGAACCUCUCGCUGUGGGAAUGCCAAGGAUGGUGCAGGGAGGAACCGGAGUGUGCCGCGGCGUCCUUCAGUUUCGUCAUGAAUCCCCUGGCGCCGGUGCAGGAGACGCUGUGUUUACUUCAGAACGAGACCAUGGCUACCAACCCUUCCGCACAACCCCAGCGCGCGGUGUCCCUGUACUAUAUGGUCAAACUCCACGUCAGGACGAACAAGGUGUGCAACCGCCCGUGGACCUUCGAGCGAGUGCCCAACAAGAUGAUCAAAGGCCUCGACAAUGCAGAGAUCUUCACCUCGUCGAAGGAAGGCUGUUUAGCGUCCUGUUUGAAUGAGGUGAGGUUCACCUGUCGAAGCGCCGAAUACAACUACGUGACGCUCCAGUGUUCCUUGAGCGAGUACGACCGGCGCUCCGUCGAGGACACGAUCGAGAUGGUGGAUGUUCAGGGAGUCGACUAUUUCGAGAACCUUUGCGUCCAAGCAUCGGGCGCUUGUCGAGGAGACCGAGAGUAUGAGCAGCCGCAGUUAGGUGUCCCCAUCAACUUCGUGUCCCAUUAUGUUGAUAUGCAUUACUAUGUUGACAAGGAGCUCAUGGCUAACAGCGUCGCGGCCUGCGAGAGAGCGUGUGAAAUCGAAAACGAAUUCCUCUGCAGAUCCUUCCUCUACAAGGGACCACCUACAGGCAACACCUACAACUGCCAGCUUUUCCACCUCGAUCAUUUCACUCUCCCCGACGGUCCUUCCACUUUCCUCUCCACUGACAGGCCCCUGCUUGACAACGGAGAACGAACGGGCGUCUACUACGAAAAUGUCUGCAAGAACCGGAAGGACAAUAUGAUCUGUAAGCAAGUGACGACCAGAGACAAUCGGUACAUCACUCAGAUCAUGUGCUUUGACAAGGCUACCAUCUCUCGCCAAGUUAGCAUCGAGGGCGUGGAAGAGCUGGACAACCUCCUGUCCGUAUACAAUACAAAAUCCUCGACCAAACUCGCGAGCAUGACCCGGCCCUUUCCAGGAUCCUUAGACUCCAACCCAGUGGGUGCUGCUGCUACCGAAAGCUCCCCGUCGACGACCAACCAGGGGGGGGACAACUGUGAUCCCACUGGAGUUUGUUAUGAUGUAUCCGUACACUGCAAGGACACGCGCAUCGUGGUGGAGGUGAUGACCAACAGGAACUUCAACGGCCGCAUCUACGCCCUUGGUCGCUCGAAGACGUGCAACAUCCAGGUCAUCCAGUCGAACAAAUUCCGCCUGGACCUCUCCAUGGCUGGUCAAGACUGUAACACACAGAGUGCUAAUGGCGUGUACACCAACACCGUCGUCAUCCAGCACCACUCCGUCGUCAUGACCAAGACUGACAAGAUCUACAAGGUGCGCUGUACCUACGACAUGUCUUCGAAGAACAUUUCCUUCGGCAUGAUGCCCAUCAGAAGUGAUGGUUCAGGCCAGGAUGUCAACCAGAUAUCCGAGACACUGAUGAUCCGGGAUCCUGACAUGAUUCCCAUCACGUCUGCCCCCGAGGCCCCUAUGCCCAGGAUCCGGAUCUUGGACGCCGAAGCCAGGGAAGUGGAGACCGUCAGGAUUGGAGACAGACUCGCCUUCAGGAUCGAGAUUCCCGAAGAAACUCCCUACGGUAUCUUUGCCCGAAGCUGCGUUGCCAUGGGGAAAGACUCGAGCUCCACCUUCCAAAUUAUCGAUGACGAAGGAUGCCCUGUGGAGCCUUCCAUCUUCCCUCAGUUCAUCCGCGACGGCACCGCUGUUCAGUCCGUGUACGAGGCCUUCCGUUUCACCGAGUCUUAUGGCGUCAUCUUCCAGUGCAACGUCAAGUACUGCCUCGGGCCUUGUGAGCCUGCGAGGUGCCAAGUCGGGCGCGAACAGUUGGAAUCCUGGGGAAGGAAGCGUCGAGGCGUCAACAACCCCAGGGACGGCCGCGGACACGUGCAGGAGACCACCAAGGAGGAGGCGAUAGCGGCGGCCGAGCGCAGGAGCAGCGGCGCGAGUGAGAUGAGCAUUAGCCAAGAGAUCCUGGUGCUGGACCUCGGCGACGACCAGAGCCCGCAGUACCGCGAGAAGUCCGGACUCGAAGCCAACAACAACUACUACACAAACACCGCCGACGUCACACUCUUCGAAACGUGCCCAACGAGAUCGUCCGUCCUCGCCCUGGCCGUGACCUGUGCCAUCCUGCUGCUGAUCUACGUCCUCACCGUAUUCUACUUCGUCAUGAGAAAGUGGUUCCGUCCCUCGAAGAACGUGCGGUAAAGUGCGGUAUCGGAAAGAGUGAAGAACGUUACUGUGGGGAGGGGGAAGGGAGGAAGGAACGGCAUGCUUGAACGCCACUGGAAGAACAAAAGAAAGACGAGCAUGCGGCGAACCUCCCUGAUUUCUCCUUGCUCGUCCCCGUCCAAAAUAGGCGAUUGAGGAAGAUUCAAUUCAUGCGUAAUGAAUUCUAAAAACAAAUUUAGGUUUAAGGAUCGACAUUAAUGUGUCGGUGACAGGCAGAGGUAGGAGUUGAUUUGGAAACUGGGAACUGGAUCUGCGUGGCGGAUCCCUGUCCCCUUCGUCCAAGUUACGAAUCAGAGAGAAAAACCUUCGAUCGCGCUUUUUGAAAUCGUCUUUAGAAAAAGUAACAUCCCUACAAGAAAUAAAAAAAACAACAACGAAUUUUCCCAAUUGAUUUCAUAAUAUGAUUUAUAGUUCAUGAUAGAGCCAUCGAAAGUUUCUCCUUCUUUUCGAAAGCAACUGUUUACUCAUGCCAGUGGAGUCCCAGUGUUGGAGGCAUUAUUAUACUUAUGACCCGGGCAUUUAACUACAAGACCGGCAUACAGAAGACAUUUCCAUGGGCAUUGGAAACCAAAACUAUUAGAUUAAUCUUUUUUUUUGUCUAAACCGAUCUGUGGAUUACUUUAGGAACAUAACAAAGUCGGAAUAAGGUUCAGGUGAUUUAAUUAAUAGAACGCGAGAAAUGAAAUCACCUGGGUGGUGUUAGAUAGGUGUCGAAAACCUCUUAGUUGCUUUAGCUGCCACGGCCAUGGGUGGUGAUCCAACGCUGACUUGGCAAGUGGUGGGGAGAAAAUAAAAAUCCCCGUUUUUCUAUUGCUGUGAUCCGGAAGUGGUCCUUAACGCCAUUAUAUCAUGGAUUUAGUUUUACACACGCAUUAACUCGACCUAUAUUUAUCAUUGCUAGUUUUGACCAGCUUAGAGAGUGUCCAAGCGAGUUACUGACUAAUGAAUUCGGCCAUAGUCUCCUAAGUCCAGGUUGAGUUCAGCUUCCUUAGAUUGUUAGCGGAUUUCUUUGACGUUAAAACGAAAUUUGUCCCAUUGCUGAUUCGUUGCUGAAGCCUUAGUUAUUCCCUUCUUUGAGCCAAAAGAUGAAAUAGCAGAAAAAAAUAUAUAUAUUUUAAAAAUUUCUGUUCCUCGUUAGGUAUUUUAGUCUGUAGGUGGAUAAAUAUUCUCAAAAACAAAAUAAAAAAUAAAUCACUUGCACCAUGAAACUCCUGUAACGGAAGAACUACGGCUUUUUUAGUCACUUUCAUUGCAAAAACUCGGAAUUCCAAGCCACAUUGCACGCGACGGAACGAGUCAGCGACGAGGACAAAUUAAUGGGGCGAAUUUUUAAACUUUUUUUUUAAACAUUUUUUUUUCAUUCUUCCUUUUGGAAAGCUGCGGGAAAGAGCCAGCAUAAGGGGUGGAAAACAAAGACGAAUGAUUGUGAAAACAUCAAUUUUGUUUUCAGUACUGAUUUGUUUCUUAAAAAGAUCAGUGAAGAUAUGAUAGUUAUUGAGCAAAGUCCGCUAGAAAUGUUAUCCCGUGUCAGCGUGCCUGGCGUCGUUGCUUCAGAUACCUGUCAAUCAUCAGAUCCUGAGCCGUACAAAUUUCAAACAAUUAUCAAUGAAAGACUACAGAAAAACCUUACCGAUGACAAAUAGUAUACAAAGCAAAGGCAUUUUAAAAACUAUAGUGGCAUUAAAUAUCAUUAAGCAGUUUACUUACAACAGCUAAUUAUAUCACUAAUUACGCUGCUGUGAGAUGUGAACGAACACCCGCUGGCCCUCUCACCCGGCUGUUGGUGACUGGUAAAUUUCUUUCAUAAUUCUUGUUGCUUCCUAUUUAUUUGCAUUUUUUGUUUGUUUGUAAAUACUCUGUUUUUAUUUAUUAUGCUAUUUAUGUAGUGUGUUUCAUAUGUUUGUCUAAGAUAUGAACAAUAAAACAUUUCUAAAAUAG